UAGAUUGAUAUAGUAAGAGGUGAUUCUGGAUCUGAUUGAGUUAUCGCGUGGUUUCCAAACGGACUACCCAAUCAUGAAUCCUUUUUCGUCUGGCACGCAUUUAAGGGACAUGAUUCGGGCAAUACGUGCCUGUAAAACUGCAGCAGAGGAGCGUGCUGUUGUUAGAAAGGAAUCUGCUGCUAUUCGUGCAGCAGUUGGCGACAAUGACAAUGAUUAUAGACACCGUAAUUUGGCAAAGCUCAUGUUCAUCCACAUGUUAGGGUAUCCCACCCAUUUUGGUCAAAUGGAAUGCCUCAAGUCAAUUGCAGCUCCUGGCUUUCCAGAGAAGAGAAUAGGAUAUCUUGGGCUUAUGUUGCUUCUCGAUGAAAGACAAGAAGUUCUGAUGCUAGUUACCAAUUCGUUAAAGCAAGAUCUUAAUCAUACCAGCCAGUAUAUUGUGGGACUGGCUCUUUGUGCUUUGGGAAAUAUAUCUUCUGCUGAAAUGGCACGUGAUCUAGCACCUGAAGUCGAAAGGCUGCUGCAGUUUCGAGAUCCAAAUGUUCGGAAGAAAGCGGCAUUAUGUUCUAUAAGGAUUAUAAAGAAAGUCCCCGACCUUGCAGAGAAUUUUGUAAACCCUGUUGCUUCCUUACUCAAAGAAAAGCAUCAUGGAGUUCUUUUAACUGCGAUCCAGCUUUGUGCAGAGUUGUGUAUAAUCAGUGAAGAGGCCCUUGAAUAUUUCAGGAAGAAAUGUACGGAAGGGCUGGUAAAAGUUCUGAAAGAUGCCGUAAACAGUCCAUAUGCUCCUGAAUAUGACAUUGCUGGGAUUGCAGAUCCUUUUCUUCAAAUAAGAUUGCUGCGUAUUUUACGCAUCUUGGGCCAUGGAGAUGCUGAUGCUAGUGAUUUCAUGAAUGAUGUGCUUGCUCAGGUGGCAACAAAAACCGAGUCAAACAAAAAUGCAGGUAAUGCCAUCCUUUACGAAUGUGUAGAAACUAUUAUGAGCAUUGAAGAUAGUGGUGGAUUGCGCGUUCUUGCAAUCAAUAUUUUGGGUCGGUUCUUGUCAAAUCGUGACAACAAUAUCAGAUAUGUUGCGUUAAAUAUGCUGAUGAGAGCAAUAUCAAUAGAUGGUCAAGCAGUACAGAGACAUCGUGCAACAAUUCUAGAGUGUGUGAAGGAUUCGGAUGCUUCAAUUCGUAAAAGAGCUCUCGAACUUGUGUAUCUUCUGGUGAAUGAGAGCAAUGUAAAACCUUUGACCAAGGAGUUAAUUGAUUAUCUGGAAGUAAGUGACCAGGACUUCAAAGGAGAUCUUACUGCCAAAAUUUGCUCCAUUGUGGAAAAACUUUCCCCGGAUAAAAUGUGGUAUAUUGAUCAGAUGCUUAAAGUUCUUUGUGAGGCUGGAAAUCAUGUUAAGGAUGAAGUAUGGCAUGCUCUAAUUGUUGUGAUAACCAAUGCAUCUAACCUCCAUGGAUAUACAGUAAGGUCGUUAUACAGAGCAAUCCAAACAUCAGUUGACCAGGAAGCAGUUGUUAUGGUAGCAGUAUGGUGCAUUGGAGAAUAUGGUGACUUGUUGGUAAACAAUAGUGGAAUGCUUGAUAUAGAGGAACCUAUAACUGUAACAGAAAACGAUGCAGUGGAUGCUAUUGAGGUUGCUAUCAAGCGCCAUACAUCUGAUCUUACUACCAGGGCGAUGUGCUUGAUUGCUUUGCUGAAGCUGUCUUCACGUUUCCCAUCGUGUUCACAGAGAAUAAAAGACAUUGUCACUCAAUCUAAAGGAAGCCUAUUGCUUGAACUGCAGCAAAGAUCAAUAGAGUUUGAUUCCAUAAUUGCGAAGCAUCAAAAUCUAAGGUCUGCGCUGGUUGAGAGGAUGCCAGUUCUUGAUGAAGCCACUUACAGCGGAAGGAGGACUAAUUCUCUGCCAGCAACUGUUUCAACCUCACAGGGGAAUACAUUACAGCUUCCUAACGGAGUUUCCAAAACAGUUGAUACCCCUCUACUAGACUUGCUUGAUCUGAGUGGUGAUGAACCUGCACCACCCAACUCUUCCGGUGACAAUUUUCUUCAGGACCUUCUUGGUGGUGAUAUCAUGUCAUCUUUAUCCCAGUCAGGGACAACACAGCCACAGAAAAGUGGCGCAGAUGUUCUGCUGGAUUUAUUGUCAACGGGGUCACCUCCGACACAAAAUGGCACAUCUGCAGCUGGUUUAUCAUCCAUAGGUCAAGAUAAUAAAACUUCAGUCAGUGAAUUAAAUAGUCUCUCAUCUUCUAUAGUUCCAUCAGAACGAAAGUCACCUGCAGGAGGUUUCCCUAUUAUGGAUCUGCUAGAUGGAUUCGGUCCCAACCCCCCGAUGCCUAAAAACAAUGGCCCUACAUAUCCACCAUUAGUAGCAUUUGAGAGCAGUUCAUUGAACUUGACUUUCUACUUUUCUAAGCAACUUGGAAGUCCACAAACAACCAUCAUCGAGGCAAGUUUUACGAACAAAUCUUCUGAGGUCUAUACGGAUUUCAUCUUUCAGGCAGCAGUGCCGAAGUUUCUUCAGUUGCAUUUAGAGCCUGCUAGCAGUAAUACACUUCCCGGAAGUGGCAAUGGGUCAAUAACUCAGAAAUUAAGAGUUACCAACAAUCAACACGGCAAGAAAUCGCUUGUCAUGCGCAUACGUAUUAGCUACAAGUUGAAUAAUAAAGAAAUGUUGGAGGAAGGACAAAUCAGUAACUUCCCUCGCGAUUUAUGAGGAUGACGCAUGAACUUUACACUUAUGAAAGGUGCGAGUGUCUGUAGCCAUCUAGUGCAAUUUUUGGUUAAAUUAUAUUGUAGUUACCCCUCUUUUUUUUUCUUUUUUUUUUUCUUCAUAUAUCGGGUGUUUGAUAGGGGACUGGUGUAGCAGUUUGGAAUAUGGAGCUUGGUUAGCUCUCUCUCUUCUUUUUUUUUUUCACUUGCUUUUUUGUAUAUUAUGAACAAAAAUCAGAUAUUAUUGUAUGUAAUUGUGAGAUUCGAAUUUUGCAAUCAUAGGCGGUAUAGACAAGAUGGUUAAUCAUUGAGAUAGGUUAAAUUUUAUUAACACAAA